GGGCGGAGCGGCCGCUGCCUCCCCUCCCCACCGCCUCCGCCCGCCCCCCGCUCCUUUCCUCUCUCCCUUCCUCCCGCCGCAGCCGGCGGCAUCUGCGCGGCCGCAGGUGGCGGGCGACCGGGCGGGAUGGCGGUGCGGAUGCGGAUGCUGCUGGCUCUCUGCGGGGUGCUCGCUGCCUGCCGGGCGGCGGAGCUGGCGGCGGGGGCUGGGGGUGCCAGCCGGCGGCGACGGCUGAGCUCCGAGGAGGGCAUCUCUUUCGAGUACCACCGCUACUCCGAGCUAAGGGAGGCGCUGGUGGCCGUGUGGCUGCAGUGCCCGGCCAUCAGCAGGAUCUACACGGUGGGGCGCAGCGCCGAAGGCCGGGAGCUCUUGGUCAUCGAGAUCUCUGACCGCCCCGGCGAACAUGAGCCUGGAGAACCAGAAUUUAAGUAUGUUGGGAAUAUGCAUGGGAAUGAAGCUGUUGGACGGGAGUUGCUCAUCUUCUUGGCUCAGUACUUGUGUAAUGAAUACCAGAAAGGAAAUGAAACAAUUAUCAACUUGAUCCAUAGCACACGUAUCCAUAUCAUGCCAUCUUUGAACCCAGAUGGCUUUGAGAAGGCAGCAUCCCAGCCUGGUGAACUUAAAGACUGGUUUGUUGGUCGAAGUAAUGCUCAAGGGAUAGAUUUAAACCGAAAUUUCCCUGAUCUUGAUAGAAUAGUCUAUGUUAAUGAGAAAGAAGGUGGCCCAAACAACCAUCUGCUGAAAAACAUGAAAAAAGCUGUUGACCAGAAUCCUAAGCUUGCUCCUGAAACAAAAAGUGUCAUUCACUGGAUUAUGGAUAUACCUUUUGUGCUGUCUGCCAAUCUUCAUGGAGGAGAUCUUGUUGCAAACUAUCCUUAUGAUGAGACUCGGAGUGGCAGUGCUCACGAAUACAGCUCCUGCCCUGAUGAUGCCAUUUUUCAAAGCCUGGCUCGCAGUUAUUCCUCUUUUAAUCCUGCUAUGUCUGAUCCAAACAGACCACCAUGCCGUAAAAAUGAUGAUGACAGCAGCUUUGUGGAUGGAACAACUAAUGGUGGUGCAUGGUAUAGUGUCCCAGGAGGAAUGCAGGAUUUCAAUUAUCUCAGCAGCAACUGUUUUGAAAUCACAGUUGAGCUUAGCUGUGAAAAAUUCCCACCUGAAGAAACUCUGAAGGGCUACUGGGAGGACAACAAGAAUUCCCUUAUCAAUUACAUUGAGCAGAUUCAUCGAGGAGUGAAGGGGUUUGUUAAAGAUCUUCAGGGCAAUCCAAUAGCAAAUGCUACAAUUUCUGUGGAAGGGAUAAGCCAUGAUGUUACAUCAGCCAAGGAUGGUGAUUACUGGAGACUGCUUGUGCCUGGAAAUUACAAACUUACAGCCUCAGCACCAGGCUAUUUAGCAAUAACUAAAAAAGUAGCUGUGCCCUUUAGCCCUGCAGUUGAGGUUGAUUUUAAACUGGAGUCAUUGUCUGAAAGAAAAGAAGAGGAGAAAGAAGAGUUGAUGGAGUGGUGGAAGAUGAUGUCAGAAACACUAAACUUUUAAAUGAAAAUUUUGAAUUUAUGGCUUUUAAUCUAUAUGUUGACUUAGUAUAAUGUACUGUGGACAGUCCCUAUAUACUAGAUUUUGUGCACUUCACAAUAAUUAACUUUGAAUUUUUAAGUAAUCUUUUGAUUAAUAUGAUAAAUAACUACUAGCCAGAGAAAUAAGUUAUUAACUUUCUUUCAUAUUGUUAUAGAAAAUUUACUCUUAUAUACAAAUCAGAGAAAAAUGAGUGAUUGUCUCUGCAGCCUAUAUGAAAAUACAACCAGUUGUGUAUCAUUUGCCAGUUCAGAAAAUGUAGGCUAACACUAGAUUUUAAAGAAAUAUGCUGUAGUCAAUUCCCAAUACUGACAGAAAUAUUUGACAGUGCAUAGUAGUAGACAGUGCUCUUCACUGAGUUCUAUAAUGGAUGUGCUGGAAAAGAUUUAUAAUGACAGUGUGUGGUGUAAUAAUGUUUUACAAAGAUUAAAAUUCAGUAUAACACUUUGUAUGUCUCUGGUGUUGGAGCUAUUUGAAUAUGUAAGAAACAUAAGCUGACUUCAUUUUAGUAAACAGCAGGAUUCUGCAUAAUAUCGUUUAUUAAAGAUGAUAUGGAAUGAAUUCAGGAAAUAGUAGAGCCUUAUUCCUUAAGCUGGUAAUGACAUUUCAAGAUCAGGUUUUAAUUAUUUCCAAUUACUCUUCGAAAUUAAAAUUUUUGAAUGAGAGAAGAAGGAGAGCUAGUGCAUGUUGCUAACAUUCUGCUUGUGUUUGUUUUGCAGCAAGAAAAAACAAUAUCUUUUCAGCUUAUGUCUGGUUUAGUUAGAUUAGUACCUUUUGAACAAUCUUUACACGUGUCAGUGGUGUCUAAAUAAGUAGUCAAAGGUUCUUGUGUUCACUGAAAGCUACCAAAACUUUAAAGUUUAGGCGAUGAACUGGAAGUCUACUGAGGACUCAAAAGCCAAAAAUGUUUUAAUUUCCAACUUUGUUUCUUCUGCUUGUUAGUCUUAUCUAAAACUAGAAGCAAAACAGAUAAAUGAAAUUUUUCAGUGUCGUGCAAUUUUCCCAAAAUACUUGAAGAUGAUAGAAAAAGCACCUUUGCUUUUAAAAGGAACUUCCUUACUUCUUUUUUUUUUUGGUGUGUGUUGUUGUUAGUAUGCUUGAAUUAACUUACUUUAGUAUUUUGCCUAAGAUGAGGGAAAUUUGCAGUCAGAGAACAUAUAUGAUCCAUAGUGGGUGAAAGUUUGGCAAAAUUCUUCUGGAAGCAGUGCUACUUGAUAGCAGCUAGGCAUCUCAUCUGUUUGAGAACUUACACACUAUUGCUGGUCUAUUAUAAUUUGAGAUCAGAUGUUUGAUAUAGGUUUUCUUCCUCUAUGUGUGUUUUGAUGAGAUUAUUAUUUUAGCUGAUGCUUUAGGAGCUCAGUACCACUCAGACCAACCAGCAAUUCAUAUGUUCCCACUGUAAAUGAAAAAUCACAUGUUCAGUGAACACAAGGUUACUUCUUUUGGUUAUUGAAAAACACUGUUUUCUGAUAAUUUGACAUUCUUUAAUAAAAAUGGAACUUUACAGAAUCACAGUUUGGUAGGAGUUGAAAAGGACCUCUGAGAAUCAUCUGCUAAUUCAGUUUCAUCUAGAGGAGGUUACACAGGGAUGCUUUCAGGCAGGUUUUGUCUAUCUCCAGAGGAGGCUCCACAAUCCUUCUGGACAGCCUGUUCCAGUGCUCCAUCACCCCCAAAGUAAAAGAGGUUUUUAUCUUGUUCAGAUGGAACUUCCUAUGUUCCAAUGUGGGCCUGUUGCCCCUCGAUCUUUUAAAGGAAUAGGUUUAAGGUUUGACACACAUUGACAAAUUGAACAGCAAUAAAAAGUCAUGAACUUUCUGUAGCUCA